UGUGCAGUGUCGAACAAAAUGGAAGACGUGUCUCACACCUAUGUCUACCUCGGGCUGGCGCUCGUCUCGCUGUUCGUCGUGCUGCUCGCCAGGCGCAGCCGCUCGCCGGCGGCGGCGCAUGGCUCCGGCGCGCUGCGGCUGCCCCCGGGGCCGUGGCAGCUGCCCGUCAUAGGCAGCCUGCACCACCUCGUCGGGAAGCUGCCGUACCGCGUGAUGCGCGACAUGGCGCGCCGCCACGGGCCGGUCAUCAUGCUCCGGCUCGGCGAGGUGCGCACGGUGGUGGUGUCGUCGACGGAGGCGGCGCGCGAGGUGAUGAAGACCCACGACACGGUGUUCGCGUCGCGGCCGCUGAGCGCCACCGUGAACGUGCUCAGCAACGGCGGCAAGGACAUCGUGUUCGCGCCGUACGGGGACUACUGGCGCCAGCUCCGGAAGAUCGCCGUGAUGGAGCUCCUCAGCACGCGCCGGGUCCUGUCCUUCCGCUCCAUCCGCGAGGAGGAGGUCGCCGCCAUGCUGCGCGGCGCCGCCAAGGCCGCGGCGGCCGGCGCCGCCGUGGAGAUGCGGGCGGCGCUGUCCUCGCUCGUGUCCGACUCCACGGUGCGCGCCGUGAUGGGCGACCGGUGCAAGCACCGCGAGGCGUUCCUCCGCGAGAACGAGCGCACCAUCGAGCUCGCCUCCGGGUUCAACCCGGCCGACCUGUGGCCGUCGUCGCGCCUCGCCGGCUGGCUCAGCGGCGCCGUGCGCCGCGCCGAGAAGUGCCGCGACACGGUGUUCGGCAUCCUCGACGGCAUCAUCCAGGAGCGGCUGGAGAGGACCGCCGAAGACGCCGCCGCUGCCGCCGGCGACGACCUUCUGGACGUGCUGCUGAGGAUACAGAAGGAGGGCGGGCUCCAGUUCCCUCUCGACAUGGAAGCCAUCAAAGCCGUCAUCUUUGACAUCUUCAGCGCCGGCAGUGAGACGUCGGUCACAACGCUGGAGUGGGUGAUCGCGGAGCUGGUCCGGAACCCCAACGCCAUGAAGAAGGCAACGGCCGAGGUGCGGCGCGCCUUCGCCGGUGCCGGCGCCGUGUCCGAGGGCGCGCUCGGCGAGCUCCGGUACCUGCAGCACGUCAUCAGGGAGACGUUCCGGCUGCACCCGCCGCUGCCGCUGCUGCUGCCGCGGGAGUGCAUGGAGCCGUGCAAGGUGCUGGGCUACGACGUGCCGCGUGGCACGCAGGUGCUGGUCAACGUCUGGGCGCUCGGCCGCGACGAGCGGUACUGGCCCGGGGGCUCGCCGGAGGAGUUCCGGCCGGAGCGGUUUGAGGACGACGGCCCCGCCGCCGGGGUGGACUUCAGGGGCGCCAACUUCGAGCUGCUGCCGUUCGGCGGUGGCCGGCGGAUGUGCCCCGGGAUGACGUUCGGGCUCGCCAACGUGGAGCUCCCGCUCGCCAGCCUGCUGUUCCACUUCGACUGGGAGGCGCCCGGCGUGACGGACCCGUCGGAGUUCGACAUGAGCGUGGCGUUUGGGCUCUCCGGACGCCGGAAGGCCAGCCUCCUGCUCCGCCCCACCCUCCGCUUUCCCGUGCCUGGCUUCUAGCCAUCGUCCUCGUCACCGGCCGCCGGCGAGAGCGUUCGUUACCCCAUAUCUAUAUAUGUUAAAAAUCAUAGCAAAAGUGAUAAUUAUUAAAAAAAAGUCAUAUCAAAAGUGGUAAUUAUUAGCUUGGAACCGGUAAUUUGUUUACUUAACUGAACUUAUGAAUGGUAGCAAAAGAAUAUGUAAUAAAAUGGGAUUUUAAGGUUUAUUGAUAACAUGGAUAUACGUCAGCACUGUAUUUUCGCUUAUUAUUAUACUUAUAAGCUAAUAUUUAAAUUAUCAACUUUAAAUAUUUUAAGUUUCUUUCACCAUAUAUAGUUUACUAGCACAAUGCAUGUGCUUCGUCACAGGGAUAAAAAUAUUGUCAACGAUCUGGGUCGACAAUAUUACUAUAGUGUGACUAAAGG